AUGUUCCAACUCAACAAGCUCCUCAGUGCCGCUGUGGCUCUGGCCUUCGUCGCCCAACUCGCCGGUGCACUGCCUCAGUCCUCGCAGCGCAGCGCCCUCCCUGAACUGGCAAAGCGCGCGAGCGUUUGCAACGGAGACGCCUCGCUCUGCAGCCGUCUCUAUUCCAACGUCACCUACAUCGGUGCGCACAACAGCUACGCUGUCGGCACCCUCGCGGGGGCCACGGUGGGCAAGAACCAGGAGCAGUCCGUCAGCCAGCAGCUCAACGACGGCAUCAGGCUUCUCCAGGUACAGGCCCACAAGUCGUCCAAUUCCACCUCCGGUUCCGGCAUCGACCUCUGCCACUCUUCGUGCUCGCUCGAGAACGGCGGCACGCUCGAGUCGUACCUGACCAAGGUCAAGACGUGGGUGGACAGCAACCCGAACGACGUGGUGACGCUGCUCAUUGUCAACUCGGACGACCAGGCCGCGUCGUCGUUCGCCAGCGCCUUCCAGUCCACUGGCCUCGCCUCGAAGGCGUACGCUCCGGGUAGCGCCGCGCUCGCCAGGGACGCGUGGCCGUCGCUCGGCUCGCUCAUCGACGCAGGCAAGACGGUGGUAGUGUUCAUGGACAACUCGGCCGACACCUCGUCCGUCCCUUACAUCCUGCCGCACUUCCAAAACACGUGGGAGAACGCAUACGACCAGACGGCCACUCCGUUCAACUGCACGGUCGACCGCAUCAACUCGGGCAGCUCGCCCACCAACCUCAUGUACCUCGUCAACCACUACCUCGACUCGUCCUUCUCGCUGUUCGGUACCACCGUGCUCGUGCCCAACACGGCGCAGAUCGCCACCACCAACAGCUACAGCUCCAUCAUGGCCGACGCCAACAACUGCGCCGCCAUGCACGGCCAGGGCUACCCGACGUUUGUGCUUACCGACUUCUACGACCAGGGCAACGGCAGCGUCUUCCAGGCCGCCGCUGCCAUGAAUGGCGUCAGCUACGUCGCCAAGCCCAUCGGAAACGCCACAAA